CACACACAGUGCAGUUCAGAUUCAGGCAGCAAACGUAAUAAAAUGUGGGAAUUUUUCCCUUAUAGUAUUGAGAUCUCGAAGCAAACACAGACGCGCGACGAGCGUGAAAAACUAGCUGGCAACAACGGUGCCCAAAUGCGAAGAAAAGCCAGCGAACGCCAAUCGGAAUCGGAAUCGAGGCGCUGCAAGUGAAGUGAAUAAUAAAUUCACUGGGCCGUUGUCAUUUUCGGGCCAAUAAUGUCUGCGUCUGUGGUUUGCGUUGACUUGAGUUCGGAAUCCGAUGAAGAGUCGAAUAAUGGAGCCAAACGAAGACGACUCGAGGAUCCCCUGCGACAACUGGCUUCAUGCGGCCCCAGACAAAUUUUGCCCGCCAAACUUAUGAACAUACCAAAGGCAUCCCUGGGAUCCGUGGUGACAGUACCUGGAGUGGGAGCAGGACCUGCAAGGGUAUUUCCAAUGCCAGCGGAUCCCCUCCGAUCCAUGCACAUCCCCAGUGGCAUCACAGUUACCAAACACCAGAAGAGCAUCCUCACCACAAAUGGAAAUCUGACCAUUUCCCUGGCAGAGCCCAACAACAAUAACAAAAACAGCAAUAAUAAUAAUAAUAAUAACAACACCAACAGCUACAACAACAAUGUGAAGCAGGUGAAGAUGGGCACCGUCCAGAAAGUGGCCUGGUCGGUGAGCAGCAAAGCGCCCAGUCCCAAUGCCCUGAUAACCCCAGUGCCCAGUCACCAGGUGAGGGUGACGCCUGGCAACCAAAUACGGGUGACAGCCGGAGCCAAAGUCAUCCAGUCGCCCAUCCGAGUGUUGCCGAUGACACGCCCGCCGUUUGUAAUAGGUCAGCCCCAGCGACAGCAACAGCUGCAGCCGCCGCCCCCGCAGCAGAAGCCAAUAAUUGUAGGUGUAACCAAGCCAAAAGCUCCAAUGGGACAAAUGUUGCACCAACAACAGCAGCAGCAGAAGACGCUACAAGGGCAAGUGCAACAGAGGAUUAUUGCAGGACAGCAGCAACAGAGGCCUUCGCUGGGUCAACUGCAGCAACAGCAAGUGCAACAGCAGCAGCCACCUAGAUCCUUGGCUACUCCGAUGCAACAGCAACCGAAACCACUUCAAUCACAGCCAAAGCCGCUGGCGAAACCGCUCCAACAGCCAGUGCCACAGAAAUUAACGGUCGUGGGACAGCUACAACAGCAACCAAAGGCCAUGGUGGGACAACAGCUGCAGCAGCCACCGAAGGCCAUCGUGGGACAACAGCUGCAGCAGACACCGAAGGCCAUCGUGGGACAACAGCUACAGCAGCAACCAAAGGCCACCAUGGGACAACAGCUACAGCAGCAACCAAAGGCCAGCGUGGGACAACAGCUGCAGCAGCCACCGAAGGCCAUCGUGGGACAACAGCUACAGCAGCAACCAAAGGCCAUUGUGGGACAACAGUUACUGCAGCAACCAAAGGCCAUCAUGGGACAACAGCUACAGCAGCAACCAAAGGCCAUUGUGGGACAACAGCUACUGCAGCAACCAAAGGCGAUCGUGGGACAACCUGUACAGCAGCAACCAAAGGCCAUCGUGGGACAACAGCUACAGAAAGCGCCCCCGUCGCAGAUACUGCCACAAAAGAUAACCACAGUACAACUUCCACAACAGAAGACUUCCCUUGGGUCAGUCCCUCAAAAGCAAAAGCCACAAAAGACGCCCGUGGGUCAACUUCAACUGCAACAACAGCAAAUAGCCUUCCUGCAACUGCAACAGCAACGAAUAUCCAUAGGACAACUGCAACAGCAACAGGGAGCCAUGAUGGGUCAGUUCCAACAGCAACAGGUGCCACAGAAGUCGAUCCUGGGACUAAUACAGCAGCAACAAAAGGUUCUUUUUGGUCAGCCGCAGGUUCCGAAGGCACCGAUGGGUCUGAUGCGGCCUCAGCUUCAGCCACAGCUCCUGCAACAAAAUCCUUUGACGACGACCCCACGCCAGCAGUCACCAAAGGCACAGAUGGCCCAACAACUAAUGAAUUCUGUGAUAAGCCAACAAGGUCCAGCUCAGCAACCGUCGUUGCCCGUGGUCAACCAAAUCACACACAAAUCAAUGACGAUUCAGAAGCUACCCAUGUUGCAGAGGGCGCCCACGGUGACGAAGGUACCUCCCAAGCAGAUAUUCCCCCAGCAGUUAUUCCCCCGGCAGAUAUUCCCUCAGCAGACGCCACCACCCGCUCAUCUAUUGCAAAAGCAACCACCGCCACAUGCGCCAAUGCAAACUCCUCCCUUUGCACACCGACCAGCGAUGACUCGACCUGCGACAGUGGCCAAGAUCACGCCGGUGCCUCCCAACAGCAGAGCAGUCUUUCAGGUGAAAGCUCAGUCUGCUGGCGUAGUCAACGCCGCAGCCGCCAUCAUGAGUGCUGCUCGUACUUUGCCCUUCAGAAGCUCAUCCCACAAGCCAGCCACUCUGCCACUACAUCCCACGCAUCUCCAGGGAUUCACAACCAGUGCCACUCCCCCGCAGCGUCUUCUGGCCACUCCGCCGCAUUGUGCGGCCGCCCUGAAUGAGCCGCUGCUGCUCAACCUACCGCCCACCACCAGCAUUACGCCACAACUAACGCCCACGACAACUCCACCGCCAGCUGGAACUCCGGCGGCAGUGCAGCAACACCAGCUAGCCAAGGCGGCAGCCUUCAAAUUGAACUCCCUGCCCGGGGCGAGCAUUUCUCCAGUGACCAAGACUCCAGCUAGCACCCCCAAACGCAUCCAGCCCAUCACAGUGCUCAAGAAAUCCGACGAGGAAUGGCGGAGGUAUAUUCUCGAGCAACAGCAGCAGCAGCAAAAGCAGCGCGGUCAAUUGCAGCCCACCUCGACGCCAACAAUUGUGCUCGUGGAGUCCCCGCCCACUACGCCGCCCACGGACAAACCGGAAACGGAGCGCAGUACAAAUGCCAAGGAGAAAACCCCGACGAUCAAGACGAUUACAUUAGAUAAGAAAUCCAAUAACCUGAAAAGACCUGCUUCGGUAACUCCUUCCAUGAGGCAGUGUGUAAAUGUUAUUCCAGAAAUAGUGGAUUUAGAUGAAUUACCCGAGUCCCCGCCAGAAAAGCGAAGGAGGGAGGAGUCUUUUCCAAUGAAGACAGUCCAGGAAGCUGCGCCGCCAGCUUUAGCCCCCUUUACAACAGAGUAUGCGGCUCUUAUUAAGUUGUGUCGCGAGGUGGACCCAUCGGAAGACAUGGAGCGCCUGGCUAAUGGAAAAUUGACAAGGUAUUACUAUAGUGCGCCCGACAGCUUCGUGAUGUCGCGUGGCUUUCGGCAUUUGCUCGAAAUGACCAUGGCACGGAUCCGAAGCCAGCCGGACGUGGUGUACGUACACCUCAAGAACGUGGUGGAUGAGCUGAUGGCGCAAAUGGUUGUUAAUGAAGUUCCGAGAGGAAAGGCAGUACCGUCCGCAUGGGAAUCCCCACAUUCAAGAUCAUUCAUGCCGAAGGAGCAGCAGCCAUGGGGAAGAGAGCGGCAACAGGAGCAGACUCCGGUGUGGGUAGACGAUCAGGAGGAGCUGGAAGAGGAACCCGAUUCGCCCACUACCGACAAACGUUUGAAUGAACGCAUCCGACAGUUGAAUCGCACGCUGUACACAAUCACCAAGCGGAUAAAGAUGCUGGAGGACGCCGAUGUGGACUUGAACGACGACGACUCCAGCUAUCUUCAGGUGGAGCGUUUCAAGAAGCGCGCCUGCCAAAUAUACGAGAAAAUCUGUGAUCUAGCCGGCGAGAGCAAAAGAGCCAGUCGCAAGCUGAAGCCGCCCAUCCAAUUCAAGGAUACGGCCUACCCGCACUUCAAUCGCACGCUGUCGGCCUUUGUCAACAGGAUGCGAGAGUUUCCCGAUUACCAUGACGUGCUCCAGAUUCUGGAACACUGCAAUAAGGAGAAGCAACUCGGACUGGCCAACUUCGAGAUGAAGAGAAUAGCCUACGAUGCCUUUGCGAAGGUUGGCAAACUGCUGCAAUCGCGUCGGAAGACUGAUCUUUACGAAACCGUAACCCACUUCACGGCAAAUGUCAAGGAUCCGGCAUCCAGCGAUCCCGUGCUGCUCGCGAAGUUGAAGGAGAACAACAAAAAACACAAGAAAAUAAGUGAUGUUCUGGAAAAGUAUGCCCGCGAGCAGGAUCUCAAUGCGGAGGAGCGUCAGGAGGCGCGGCUGAAGGAGAAAAAACUGAAGCAAGAAAAGGCAGAGAAGGAGGCCGCCAAGCUGGCUGCUUUGGCGGUAGACGACGACCAGCCCUGCACAAGUGCCCAGGCAGCAGCUAAAUCCGCCGCCAUCGCCGCCUUGAUGAAAAGUUCAUCAGCUCGUGGAAACGGAAACGAAACAAAACGUUCCAUUAAUCUGAAGCUCCUAAAACUCGACGACGAGGAUGAGGACUCGGAGGAGGAAGAUGACGAUUCGGAGGACGAGGAUGAUGUGGACAAGUUUGUGGACAACUUCAAGACCAACGGCGAAGUGAGUGAUGCCGACUCCGAGGCGGAAGAAGAAACAUCACCAAAGAAAGAUCCGUUGGCGCCCGCCGAGGAGGAGGAUGUGAUAGAUAUAACGAGAGCCGAGACUGGCAGUAAGAUUGACGUAGCCCCGCCCAACGGCAAGCUGAAGAUUAUGUCAGUCUCUAGUCUGAACGCCAACUUCGUCCGCGUGCAAAAUCCGCACACAAACCCCAAUCCCUUGCCGAGUGCCAAGCCUGUAAUCGCAGACCAGAUUGUCAUUUCGGAUGAGGAGUCAUAGAAAGAGUCGUACACGCAGCCCUGGCUGCACUCCUAGUUAAGUUUAUUUAUUCAGUAUGUUCCAAUUUAUUCCUGAUUAGGUUCGGUUUGCUAAAUGUAUCCUUGUUUACACUCUUUAACCGCAAAUAACCCCAUGUUGUAGGAUGAUCGUGUUUACUUAUCAAUAUGCAUUGGGCCUAAAAGUAUUUCUUCAUCAAAUUCAUUCAACAUUUUGACCGAAUUGAAUCUUAAUAACUUAAAUAUGGCUAUUCAAAAGCUUUCCUGUAUAUCAAGAUUCACAGAUUUCUAGAAUCUUUAAAACUUAUUCGAUUAGUUUCGAAGAAAGAAUAUUUGCUCAGUUGUGUUUUUAAAAGAGAAUACUAGAACGCUUUCGAAAUAAAACUUGUGUUUAUGCAAAUUUAAGCGAUCAAGAUUCAAAAGGAUCUUUAAUUGUCACAUAUUAGAAAUUAAGCACAUCAUUUUGCAGCCCUGACAAAUUUUUAGAAAUGAAUUUACAAACAAAUUUGCCGGAUUUAUUUCCUUAUUGGGUUCAAAGUAUUAAUAUUUAUUGGCUUGUUCUAACAUUACUGUUACCCCACACAAAAAGAUUCUAAAAUAUAUUUGUCACUUACUAGAAAUUAAGCAGAAUCAAUUUUAGAAAUAAUUGUACAAACAAAAUUGCUUGGUUUAUUCCCUUAUUGCGUUCACAAAUUAUCAUUGCUUACGUUGUUUAAACAUUACUGUUGCCCCUAACAUUUUUCGGUAAUCGAAUCAUCCAUACAAACCCCGCCACGCUAAUUUAUUACAAAGUCCGUACCCUCCGGGUGCAAGCCACAAAAAUACGCUCUAGUGUACAUAUGGAAUACUACUAGUCUAAGUUAGUUGUACAAAAUAAACAGAAUGGUGAGAAAAGAUAA